GCUAUUCCCGGAAUAUAAAACACUAAUAUCAUAAGAAAAGCUACAGUCCGGCAUGAUGUUGGUGAUCUAGCCGUGCCGAUCGAUUGUAUUAUGGACCGGUCAUGAUAACCUUGUGUCAUAUUCCUUGUACCUGUUCAUGUCAAUGUCACUCUUUUACCAUUUCUCAACGAUAUCCAUAUAAGGAACGUCACGCUUCUCACUACAAAAGAAUUGUCCGUGCGAUGAUCGCUGGCAUCUGUCGCAGGCAGCACCUCUUUGUCUGUACUGCGCCACGGUGCGGACAUACUGUGCAGAAAAGUCGGAAGGCGGAGGAACGGGUGUUUGCAUUGCCCGGUUCCGAGGGUUUUGUCCAAUGCCUUAUAUAAUUCUCAUGGGACACAAGAAUCAAAACGAAGAUAGUGUUGUCUCUAUCUCAAACUACCACCACCCAUACAACUUAAAAACAAUGCCUUCUGAAACUACUAUUAUACACCCUACAAACAAGCACAAUCGCCCCUUUCCAACAACAGCCAUCCCUUUGCAUGGAUUGGAUCUUUUUGGCGCCCCCAUUCAAAUUCUGAAUCAUCGCUUCUUUCAACCACCAACAACGAACUCCUUUGCCGACGUUGUUGGAAACCUAAAGUCAAGUCUUGCCGAAGCACUCGAGCUAUACCCACCCGUGAAUGGAACCUUGAAAAAGGACAGAGAGAAAAACGUAUAUAUCGCCAUGGACGAUGCCCAUCGUCCAGGUACGCCGUUUACUGUCGAGACUAAAGACGCACCCUUCACCACCGAUUCCGAGGAUCUUUCUCCUCGAGCUGGUUUGGUGUUGCCUCCAGGGUCUACAACCUUGGCGGUAAAAGUGACACAGGUGUGUCAAAGAAAAAACGCAAAAACUCACGCUUCACAACGAUUAAAUCAUUAUAACAAGUUUUCAUGUGGCACCGUUGUUAUUGCUUCGUCGUUGCACCAUCUUGUUGCUGAUUUACGCGGCUUUCUCAAUUUUCUUGAAGUAUGGGCACAGCUUGCUCGAGGCGAACCUGUGGACUUUACAAGGAUUCCAGAUGACUGGACCCACACACCCGGUCGAUUCUUUACACGUCUGGAUCACGAACCAGUCGCUCCUCCACCCUUUACCGUCCUCCCUACACCGGCAACCAGAGCAUACGCGUACCUGACGCAACCUUCGGAAGCGACAAGGUGGAAGAUCAGCCAAAGUGAAAUGGAACAGCUAAAGAAGGAUUUCUCUCCUGCCUGCAAGGACGCAUGGAUUUCUUCAGGUGACGCGCUCGCCUCGCUUAUCUCGGGUGCCAUCACACGUGCGCGCGCACGUGCAGAUGUGCAGAGGUUGGAAGGACGAAGCAGUGAAGAGACGCAAUCCGAGAGCGUUGCCAUGGCAGCCGAUGGUCGUGACCGUGCACCACACGGAAACAUGGCGGGUGGACACUAUUUCGGAAACUUUAACCAUCUGUGGAGUGCAACCCUCGCUCGCGCCGAUCUGCUUACCGCGACACCCAAGGCUGGAUCCCGUGUUGCUCUUGCCAUUCGAAACGAGCUCAAGGUGCAACUUUCACCCGAUGCCAUUGCUAACAGGGUCGCGUUAUUUGAGAACACGAACCCUCGCAAACGUAUCACUUGGACUGCAGACGUCAUUUUGUCCAAUUGGUGCCGAUUUGAUCUGCAAGGCGCUUCGUUUGAUAUGGGAUGGGGAAAGCCUUUCAAGGCGACACCUGGCGCUGGCGCUGUUUUUCCACCUGGAUAUUCGUUAAUGACACACGAUAAGGCAUCAGGAAUUUUCAAUGUGUUAAUAACAGUGGAGGUGGAGGGCGGCGCUGCGUUGAAGGCGGAUCCUUUACUGAACAAAUAUGCAGAACUACAAUAG